AUGCUCUGGACCUGCCACAUCUUCACUCAUCCCACAAUUGGGUAUAGUCUGUUUUUUCUUACCUAUGGCCGCCAUUCUGUCCUUCCUGAAGACCCUUGUGUAGUGGCAGACCAGACCGUUGACCAACUGGAGAAUGUCGGUAGGGCCAGAAAAGCUGCCGAGUUACGCAUGAGUGACAUGAGUUCAAAAUGCAAGGGAAAAUGGGAUGCCGUGAUUAAGAAAGCGACAUUCGAGGUUGGUGAUCGUGUUAAUCUCACACACGAAGGACAUUCUGGUUUGGAACCACGAUUGAAAGGCGCGUUUAUUGUGAUGAACAAAAAAGGACAAGUAUGUUACGUAUCGGCUCAAAAGCAUGGAAGGCAAACCACUCGCAUCCUUGACACAUGGUACAACCCGGCUGCCUCUCAUUUGGCAUGGCGCGUUGUUAUGCGACUAUUGGAUUGGGAAAUUAUUGAUGACGUUGGUGCUUGUGGACGAUCACAAAACCAGAAAGGGGGUAAUUUCAGAAUUGGCAUUGGUGACCAAAAUUGGAAUUUACAAGCAGCCAGUAAUGAUUGA